AUGGACCCGGAUCCGUCCUUCACAGAGUCCAUGAGGAGCCUCCGGCCCGACAAGCCCUGGAGCACGAAGCUGAGCAGCGCCGGGCUGGUCUAUUGUCACUUCGGCUCCCAGAUCCUGGCGGCGCUCCUGGGGCAGCCGGAGGACGGGCCCGUGGUCACGGCGCUCUACGAUAAGCUCUACGAGAACUUUGUGGAGGAGAUCGACGCCAUCGACAACGGGAUCGCGCAGGCGGAGGGGGAGCCCCGCUACGCCCUCACCACCACCCUGAGCGCCCGCGUGGGGCACCUGAACCCCCGCUGGAACGACCCCGACCAGGACACCGAGGCGGGGUUCAAGCGGGCGAUGGAGCUGGUGGGGAGUGAGUUCCUGGACCGGCUCGACUUCUACCACCGGGCCUGGCUGCCGGCACGGGCGCUGGUGGAAGAGGCCGUUCGGCGCCGCUUCGAGGUACCAUCCACUGUGUAA